AUGCAGCUAGAAGGAACAACCAUCACUUUCCCCCAGGUAUCACCUCAGACACCGUUUACCCAUCUGAUACCCAACCAGAAUAUUGCCCUCGUGUCACAGCUCAAGCUCACGUCUGGAGUACUCUUGACUGAUGUCCCACUCGCUUACCGCACUUGGGGCAAAUUGAAUGCCGAAGGCACGAACUGCAUGGUAAUCUGCCAUGCUUUGACAGGAUCCGCUGAUGUCGAGGAUUGGUGGGGACCGCUCGUAGGCCCAGGCUUGGUAUUCGACCCGACUCGCUACUUCAUCUUCUGCGCCAACGCCCUCGGCUCACCUUAUGGCAGCGCUUCACCGGUAUCUAUCAAUCCUAAAACUGGUAAGAGAUGGGGCCCAGAGUUCCCUUCCACAACCAUGAGGGACGAUGUCAACCUCCAGAAAAUCCUGCUGGAUCACUUCGGCGUCCGAACCGUAUCAGUCGUGAUCGGUGGGAGUAUGGGAGGCAUGACGUGCCUCGAAUGGCCUCUCUGUACUCCACCUGGCUACGUCCUCAAUAUUGUACCAAUAGCUACAUGCCCUAGACACUCCGCCUGGGGUAUCAGCUGGGGUGAAGCCCAACGACAAUCGAUAUACUCAGAUCCGAAGUAUCUUGAUGGCUACUAUGAUCAGGACGAUCCGCCGGCCAUCGGACUCGCUGCUGCACGCAUGGCCGCGUUAUUGACUUAUCGUAGUCGCGAUAGCUUCGAAUCUCGCUUUGGUAGGAAGCAAGUACUACCCAAGCCCAACUCGUCUAGCUCUCCAACAACUGGGAAUUCUAACGGCACAGCCGUCAAAACUUCUAGCCAGCAAGAGCAGCUCAUCGAGAAAGCCACCUUGGAGGCACUUACAGCUCACAACGACGGCCAUCGCCUCCAAUCUCAAGCUGCACCCUCACAAGAACGACAGAAACCCAACGAGAAUGCGCAUUCGGAAAUGUAUGUAAUUAAGUCACCAUGUCAAAUAUUUUCCGCUCAAUCUUAUUUGAGAUACCAAGGGGAUAAGUUCGUUGGACGAUUCGAUGCGAAUUGCUACAUCCAUCUCACGCGUAAACUGGACAGCCAUGACGUCGAUUAUGGGCGUGAGGAUGGGCCGGCAUUGCUGAAAAUUCCUCCCGGCGCUUUGGUCGUAGCAAUCAAUUCAGACGGUCUCUUCACACUGGUUGAGCAGCAGGAACUGGCUAAUUCAAUUCCCGCGGCCCGACUGGUUGUUGUUGAAAGUAAGGAUGGACACGACGGGUUUCUGUUAGAGUUCGAGCAAAUCAAUCGACACGUUCUUUUGCAUCUUCGUCAAAGACUACCGCACCUGUACGACCUUCCGGGAAAACUCGGGGAUGACGCAGUCCUCACGACUGAGCCAGUCAUCAAUGUUGAAUCGAAACUUCUCAAGACCAGCGUCUGCAGUGAGGCUGACGGAAGUAUCACCGAUUGGUAA